UAUGCACUGUUAAGUCUAUGGAAUUUACUGUCAUUGAUAAUAGGCUUUGGUUAUCUGUGCUUUUCAGAAAAGACUGCAAUGGCACAAAGUAUAACACACAAGAAGCUGCUUGCUGUGGAAACAAACUUUACCCAGGGGCAAGUCUGUCUUGUUGUGGAAAGAAACCUUACAAUCCUGAAAAAGCAACCUGUUGCAAAGUACAAGACGGAAACACUCUCAGAGCCAAUGUUACUCAUGGUCUGAGUGAAAAGGUGUCCAACUGCUGUGGGCUGAAGCCCUACAACCCUGUCAAUGAAAUGUGUUGUCAAUCAACCAUCACUGCAAAACCUGGACCAGUGACUGAAUGUUGCGGUAAAGAGGCUUUUGCCGAGGACAAGCAAUUGUGUUGCGGAGCAAGUGAUAAAAAGAAGAUUCUGGUGAGAAGUUCCAGUUUCCACCGGUGCUGCGGGCACAACCAGUAUGACAACAGGACUCAGUGCUGCUGUGAGAAUGAAGGUGUUCUGGAGGUACAACCGAAGGAUUCAUCUUGCUGUGACAAGAGCUCCACUACAGGUAACUCAUUACUUUGUACAUUUACAUGUCAACUGUGGUAUGACAACAGGACUCAGUGUUGCUGUGAGAAUGAAGGUGUUCUGGAGAUACAACCCAAGCAUUCAUCUUGCUGUGCAAAGGAGUCAGCUAACCCUGAAGGUUUUCAACAACUGACACAUGAGCUCCAACACUUUUGCACUGAACCAAACACACAUCUCUGUGGGUCGACAUGUUACAAUCCAAAGACGCAUCGUUGCUGUGAGAGACACCAAAAGCCUUUUUGGUUCUGCGCCUCAGGUCAAAGCAAGGCCAGGGUGUAUGACCCACGUAUAGAAGUCUGCUGUGAUGGAUCCGUAUUUCGAUGCAAGCCAUGGAUAGAUCAAUUUUAUGGCAGCCCGGGACAACACUGCUGUGGGACGGAAAUUUACCGGCCUCGUACUGAGAUCUGCUGCAACGGACACAGACACCCCAAAUCAGAAAACCUUCACUGCUGUGGGGUCAAAGCCUACAACAUUAAAGACCCACAGAUAAAGUGCUGUGCAGGAACACUGUACAAUCUGACAUCAUUAGACAAGCAUGGAGGGGACGCUCAGUGCUGCGGAUCCAUCCUGCAAAAGCCACAGUCUCUCUCCAAACACUCACAAAAUAACAGGAAUCCGCUCGGGGAAUGCAGGGUCGGGUCCAGGGGAUCUAUGUACAGAAGGAAACACACAUUAGAGGUUUUGCGCAGGGAAGCAAAAGAGAACUUGCUCAGAGCCGGGCUGCACUGA